AUGAUCAGUGACGGAUCGGGCGAUUACGGGAACAUGAUGACGUGCGUGUGGCACAUCACCUCGCCCGGGGCGCUCGUCGGAGAAGACGGCUCGCCGCCCGAGCUCUUCCUCACUCUCUACUUUCAUAUGAUUGCGCUCGAGUGCGGAUGGGACUUUGUCUAUGUCUACGAGAUCGGAAACGGGCUGGACGAUGCUCCGCUGGUGGGCAUGUACUCGGGCAUGUACACUCCGGAUGCCCUGGUCUCCACCUCGGGCGCUCUCGCCGUUGUCUUUGUCUCGGACGAGGCCAUGGCCGACCGCGGCUUCCAGCUCUCCUUCACCUUUUCACCGUGUCCGUUCAACUGCUUCUACGCCGGCCAGUGCAUCAUGUCCUCGCGGACGUGCCUGUGCCAGCCCGGCCGCGUCGGCACCUACUGCGAGAUGGCCGAUCCCGGCAUGACGCUGGACCCCGAGUACGGCCCCUUCCAGGCCGGCUCGACUCCGUGCGACCAGUACUCGUGCGACGCGCCCGAGUCCAUUGUCGUCAACGCCUCAAACGUCUUUGACCUCUUCCGCCCCGCCACCGUCCAGACCUUCUCGCGCAUUCUCCCGCAGCCGUGCAUGGUCUUUCCGGGCUUGACCAACGCCUCGCGCGUUGGCUCGUGCUGGGACGAGCCCGAGGCCGUGGACGAGCCGGACGUCGCCGCCGGCGCGGUGGUGCCUCUGCUCCCCGGCACUCUGCCGAGCGUCGCCCGCUCUGGUGUCUCGUAUCGGCAGCCGACGUACGGCCGCGGCAACACAACGUGGUUCAUGCUGCCGCCAGCCAUGGUGGCUGUCAUCACUCUCUUCUUUGCUGUCCUCAUUGCCCUCUUUCUUGUCUGCAUGUGCCUUGUCACCGUCCAGCUGGUCACCUCGCAGGCGACGAUGCGGCGGUUCGCACUGAUGCGAGUCAUCGCCCGACAGCGCGCCGCGCGGCGGUUUUCGCCCGAAGACAUCGAGUGGUUUGUCGUCCACCUCGACGCCGCCUCUGGUGCGGUGCUCAACCCGGUGCUGGCGCCGGCGGCCAAGACCCUCGCUGCGCCGCAUCCAGGCGCGGCUCCCGCCGCCGACGCCGACGCCGCUCCCAACAGCGACGCUGCUAGUGCAAGCGAUGAGGUCGUCCCGCUACUCUCUGCGCCGGCCGCCCCGCCGAUCACCCGCGCCCGCCCGCGCGUUUCCUCGACCAUCCCGGCGUUCGAGUACAAGGCCAACGGUGACGUGGCGCGGUCGCUCGAGUUUGUGGUCCUGGCAAUGCCGGCGCGACCGAGCCCGGCCACCGACGCAGACGGCUUUGUAGCCCACGCGGCACUCGCGCGAUUCAAGCUUGGCCUCGCCGUCGUCUCGCUCCUCCCUCUGUCGUCACAAGCCAGCUCGUCCGCAUCGUCCGACGACGCCGCUGGCCUCAUCGACGCCUCGCGCUGGUCCGACAACAGCAGUGAUCUUGACGACGCCGCCACCCCCGCCGAGGCCACGACCCUCGGCGAGGCCCUCGCUGACGUUCCCGACACCGCCCGCCUGCUAUAA